AUGUCAAGAUCGGGUGAUGAAUGUGUUGUGGCUCUUACAGAUCAGUGGUACAUAACGUACGGAGAAUCAGAAUGGCGGCAAAUGGCUGAGGAGUGCUUGUCAAAAAUGAAUCUCUACUCUGAAGAAACAAGGCAUGGAUUUGAGCACACUUUGAGCUGGCUCAACAGUGGGCUUGCUCACGUUGCCCAUUUCUUUCACGAUGGAGACAUGUAUAAAGGGAGUAAGUCUUUGGUUCGCCCUCAGCAGAUGAAUGAUGAAGUUUGGGACUAUCUCUUCUGUGAUGGUCAGUACCCAAAAUCAUCUGACAUUCCGUCAGAUGUUUUAAGUGAGAUGAAGCAGGAAUUUGACUACUGGUACCCACUGGAUCUUCGAGUUUCAGGAAAGGAUCUUAUUCAGAAUCAUUUGACGUUUUUCAUCUACAACCACACUGCACUAAUGGCGAAACGUAACUGGCCACGUGGCAUCAGAUGUAAUGGUCACAUCAUGCUGAAUUCUGAGAAAAUGUCAAAGUCAACUGGAAAUUUCAAAACCCUGCGCCAGGCUAUUGAAGAAUUCUCUGCCACUGCUACGAGGUUUGCUUUGGCUGAUGCUGGUGAUGGCGUUGACGAUGCAAACUUUGUUUGA